AUGAGCAAAGUUCAAGUGUCAGCCGUGAGAGAAUUAGUCCGUACUGUUCUCAGCGAAUCUCAAGAGAAAAAACGGAAUUUCACCGAGACUAUAGAGUUGCAGAUAGGUCUAAAGAAUUAUGAUCCACAGCGAGAUAAACGUUUUAGUGGUACUGUGAAAUUACCAAAUAUUCCUCGACCCAAGAUGUCUGUCGCUUUAUUAGGAGACGCCCAUGACUGCGAUCGAGCCAAGGAAUUGGGUAUGGAAACUAGAUCGGUGGAGGAGCUUAAAAAGCUAAACAAAAAUAAAAAAUUGGUCAAAAAACUCGCAAAGAAGUAUGAUGCAUUUUUGGCUUCGGAAUCGUUGAUCAAGCAAAUUCCCCGUUUACUGGGACCAGGAUUGCACAAGGCUGGUAAAUUUCCUACGCCUGUAACUCACAAUGACGAUUUAAACGCGAAAGCCGAUGAAUUGCGCUCCACCAUUAAGUUUCAAUUGAAAAAAGUGCUCUGUCUUGGUGUUGCUGUUGGCCACGCGAAUAUGACCGAGGAUGAAUUGGUGGCAAAUAUCAUGUUGAGUAUAAAUUUCUUGGUGUCACUGCUCAAGAAAAAUUGGCAAAAUGUCAGGAGUCUUUAUAUCAAAUCUACCAUGGGCAAGCCUCAGCGUCUAUACUAA